ACGCGCCGAUUGGUAGGUGCGGGGCACCAGUGGGUUGCGGGCCGUUGCUCCGUGCCCGCGGAGAGAAAGCCGCGCGGCGCGGGCGUGCGGGCAGCCAGCUGGCUGCAUGGCGCGUUGCGAGCGCCUAUGCGGCGCGGCCCUGCGCGACGUGCUGGGUCGGUCGCAGGGGGUCCUGUUCGACUGCGACGGGGUGCUGUGGAACGGCGAGCGCGCCGUGCCGGGAGCCCCAGAGCUGGUGGAGCGGCUGGCGCGUGCCGGCAAGGCGGUGUUGUUCGUGAGCAACAACAGCCGGCGCGCGCGGCCGGAGCUGGCUCUCCGCUUCGCGCGCCUCGGCUUCACAGGGCUGCGCGCCGAGCAAGUCUUUAGCUCCGCGGUGUGCGCAGCGCGUUUGCUGCGCCAGCGCCUGUCCGGACCGCCAGACGCGCCGGACUCAGUGUUCGUGCUGGGCGGCGAGGGGCUACGUGCCGAGCUGCGGGCUGCGGGGCUGCGCUUGGCUGGGGAUCCCGGCGAAGACCCGGGCGCGGCCCCGCGCGUGCGUGCCGUGCUCGUGGGCUACGAUGAGCACUUUUCCUUCUCCAAGCUGAGCGAGGCGUGCGCGCACCUGCGGAACCCCGACUGCCUGCUGGUGGCCACCGACCGCGACCCGUGGCACCCGCUCAGUGACGGCAGCCGGACCCCUGGCACCGGGAGCCUGGCAGCUGCGGUGGAAACAGCCUCGGGACGCCAGGCCCUGGUGGUGGGCAAGCCCAGCCCUUACAUGUUCGAGUGCAUCACGGAACACUUCAGUGUGGACCCUGCCCGCAUGCUCAUGGUGGGUGACCGCCUGGAGACCGACAUCCUCUUCGGCCACCGCUGUGGCAUGACCACCGUGCUCACGCUCACGGGGGUCUCCCGCCUGGAGGAGGCCCAGGCCUAUCUGGCAGCUGGCCAGCAGGACCUGGUGCCCCAUUACUAUGUGGAGAGCGUCGCGGACUUAAUGGAAGGGCUGGAGCACUGAGGCCACCUGACCUGCACCCACAGCCCUGCCCUUCCCCAUCCUGAUCCCAUAGAUGGAGGUGAUGUAGGUGCAGGUGAUGGGCCGGGAGCUGCGUUGAGUGCCACUGGCUCUCUGGCCCCAGUCCCUACACCCUGGUGGGGCUGAGACCCGGGGAAGGUGUUAGGGCCCUUAUAUCCCAAGGUGGCGGAGCACUCUUUGCUGUGCCAAAAGCUGCCUCCCUUGCCCCACUGGUUUGCCCUGGCCUAACCCAGCCAAGGUGGCCUUUUGUCCCGCCCUGUGACCACCCCUUGUUGAAAUCUGCACCCUGAUGUCACUGAAGAUUUCCCCCAACCCUGAGCCCUUAACUCCCUUACCCCUCCCUGGGGCCUCUAGAACUCUACCUGCUCCCCAGGUCCUGGCCUUGGGCUCCUGCUGGCCAAUCAGAGGUCUAGGUAUCCACAAACCACUGUUGUCCCAAGCCCAGAAUGGACCAAUCAGAAGGCUAAGUCAUAGUGAUUCACUGAUGUUGGGUUCUGAGUGGACCAGCUAGGAGCGUACGUGACAGCGACCCUUUCAUGCCCUAGAUCGUGGGCAGACCAGCCAGGACGGCAGGAAGUGGCCUGCUGGUCUUGUAGAUCUUGAAUAGGACAGAAGCCUGGGAGGCAGUGGCCUCUUGACAACCUGGGCCUCACGGGGUGAGCCAGGAUCCAGGUUUCUGUCUGUAGAUAAGGCCCAUGCACUGAAGGCAGCCCUCUGUCACGGCUACUGUCCACGGGGCCCCUCAAUGGCUCUGGGGCCACUGGAGCCAAGUGCCCUGCCCUCCCGGCCAGUGUUGAUGGUGGCAACAGCCCGGCGUGGGGGCCUUCGUGUCCCUCCCUGUGCCAUCAGUGUUUGCUGUGCCACCUCUGCCCCGUGCCCGUCCUGGCUCUAUUUAUUAUUGUGUGCCGGUGGGGGUGGGGCUGGGCCUCCCCUGCCGCCUCCACCCUGUUGUAACCAGCCCCCCGUGCAGAAUAAAGUGCGAGUGGGAU